CCGGCCACGAGUGAGUGUGGAGGUUGAAGUCACAUCCUUUUAUAGGAAUUUUUGUAGAACUGGUAGUAUUUUUCAAAAAGCUAUUGUCUAUAUUUACACUGAAGAAAAAAACACUCUAAUGCUUCUUGAAAAACUGACAUCCACGUCUAGAAGUCAAAACAUUCAAUCUUGGAGAGCAAAUGUCUACACAAGGGAGCAAGCUCGCCUCAGGAAGAAGUGUGUGUGCAGUGAUGUAAAAGUGUGAAGGAGAAUCGUGGUCUUCCUGGGAACCUGAAGGCUGCUGUGAAAAGGCUGUACAUUGAGUAGAAAGAAAGAAAAGAAAAAAAAAAAAAACCCGGAAGGCCUAUACAAGUGAAAACAUUAAAAAUAGAAAAAAAUGUAUAAGCUCAAGUGAAUAUGCUUGUAGUGUUUGUACUCGUGGCAGCUAUUUAGUGUGUGACGGAAAACCUGAGUGAGUGAGAAUCUCUGCUUCCUGGAAAGAGAACUGACGACACACGGAGAAAAAAAUAACGAGGUAAAAGAUCCUAUUACCCCAAAGUGAACAUGUUACCGGGCAGAGCGGUGAGUGUGUGACGGAAGGAAGGCCGCGAGUGAGUGCGUUCGUGAUGGCGGGCAGGCGGCAGGCGGGGGCACAGUAGCUCGGCCUGACAGUGAAGGCUGAAGUCUGUUGAUCCCCGGAGCGCCAGUCAGUAUUAGUGGUGGUGGUGGUGGUGGUGUGCCCAUCAGUGCGGUGACUUGGAGACAUCAGUGGUCCGUCAGCGCCCUCUUGAGGAUGACGCGUGUCACCCUCCUCCUCUGCACCCUCACCCUCGGCUACAAGGUGGUGGUGGUGGCGGGCGACGAGCAGGAGUAUCGGCUCACGCGCUACCUCAUGGCGAACUACGAUCCCUCCGUCAGGCCCGCCAGGAACUCCUCCCAGGCGCUCUCCGUGGUCUUCGGCGUCGCCCUGCACAGUAUCAUUGACGUGGACGAGAAGAACCAGAUCCUCACUACCAACUGCUGGCUGACGCAGGUGUGGAGCGACGCGCACCUCACCUGGAACGCCUCGGACUUCGGGGGUAUCCAGGUGAUCCGCGUGCCCUUCCAGCGGGUGUGGAAGCCUGACAUCAUCCUCUACAACAACGCGGACGCCCAGUACUCCGCGGCCACCAUCAACACCAACGUGAUCGUCACCUCGAGCGGGGAGGUGACGUGGCUGUCUCACGGCAUCUACCGCUCCUCCUGCGACAUGAACGUGGAGUACUUCCCCUUCGACGUCCAGUCCUGCAAGAUGAUGUGGGCGUCCUGGACCUACGACGGAUACCAGCUGGACCUGAUGAAGCAGAUGGACGCGGGCGACAUGUCCAACUACCAGAGUAACGGGGAGUUUGACCUGGUGGAGUUCACGGCCGCCAAGAACAUCACCUACUACUCGUGCUGCCCAGAACCCUACCCGGACAUUACCUUCACCAUCAAGCUACGCCGCCGACCCAUGUUCUACGUGUUCAACCUCAUCCUGCCCUGCGUCCUCAUCAACGGCAUAGCCCUGCUAGUGUUCUACGUCCCCAGUGAGUCGGGCGAGAAGGUCACGUUGGGCAUCUCGGCGCUGCUCUCCAUGACCGUCUUCCUCAUGACCAUCAGGGAGUCGCUGCCGCCCACCGAGAAGACGCCCCUCAUUAGCAUGUAUUACGGCGUCACCAUCUGCCUCGUAAGCUUCGCGUCGGGGCUGUCCGUGCUCACCCUCAACAUCCACCACCGCGGCGUGAGGGGAACGGAGGUGCCGCGCCUGGUCCGACUUGUGGUGCUCGGCUGGCUGUCCAAACUCGUGUUCCUCCACUUCGAGUCCUCCGCCCAGGCCCAGGAGGAUAAGAAUGUGCAUGUGAAUGAUCUAAGGCCAGAACGAGGCGUCAAGCUCACUCCACUCAGCCCCGAGAAGCUCCACAUGACGGAGGUGGAGUCGGUGGACCACUUCAGCGUGUCGCCCAGGUUCCACCACCAUCGCCACCACUCCCAGCAGCCGCCCAACAAUGAGACCUCCACCACCACCCCCACGACCCCCACCACCACCCCGGGCACCACGCAGAUCCCUUCCCAGACCACGGAUUUCGAGCACCAGUUCAUGCGCGUGCUGAACAAGGUGUACCAGACCAUCGAGAAGAACGAGAUGCGGCUUGGGGAGCAGGACCGGAAGGAGGCGACGAGGGUGGAGUGGCAGCAGGUGGCGCUGGUGUUCGACAGGUUCCUGCUCGCCUGCUUCCUGCUCUCCACCGUCAUCGCCACCACCACCAUCCUAUUCUCCUCCCCUCACGGCCCCUGACGCUCCCUCGCGGAGUUCUUCGGGGGGAGCAGCUACCCCUCCCUCCCCUCAAACGACCCCCCCACUCAGGAGUAAAGGGGGUGGGCCAUAGAGGGAGGGAGGCAGGGUAGGGGGUAGGUGGAAUUUUGGGAGGGUGAAUGUAGAGGGUAGGAGGGUGGGUAGAUGGGUGGGUAGAAGGGAGGGAAGGGAAGGGAGGUUUGGGUUGAUAUGUUUCACUUCUCUUCCUUUUCUUUUCCUUUUUUCGUUCUUGUUUUUCUAUAUUGCUUCUUUGUUUUUUCUCUAUGUUCCUUUUUGUUAUCCGUCUAUUUACUUUUCAAACUUUUUUUUCAUUUUUCUUUAUUUUCUUGUUGGCUUGAGUCUUUCUUUCAUCUUUACACUCCUCUUUUCUCUUUUUCUGUCUUUCUGUCUCUGUCAUUUGAUUAUUUCCUGCCAAACCAUUUUUCUUUUCUUUUGUUUUUGUUUUGUUUUGUUUGUUUACACCUUCGUUUCUUCUCUGUAUUUUUAUUUUUUUUGUUUCUUUAUUUCAUUUUUUUUUAUUUACGUAUGAACCUUUUCUUCUUUAUUUUUUUUAGUAUGUUUGCACCUUUGUUUCUUUUCUACAUUCACUUUUUUCCUUUUCUUUUUCUUUUUUCUGUUACUUGUUUUUACUUGCAAACAUCUUUAUAUUUCGUUUUUUUUUGUUUGAUUUCUUUUCUACAUUUUUUUCCAGUUUUUUUCUAUUUUGUUUCUGUUAUUUGCUCAUAUAUUCGUAAACCUUUCUUUUUUCUCUAUUUCGUGCCCUUUUUUUUAAUUUCAUUCCUAGGUUUUUUCUUUUUGUUAUUUUGUUUUGUUUACCUCCGACUUUCGCUUUUUUCCCUGCAGUGUUUGAGGCUCGGUUCUCGUUCUCUUUUCUCGUAUUUAAUUUGCGUUCCGUGUAACAUCUGGUGCUCACUCCACUGCGUUUCAUUUUUUUUUCCGAGCGCAACAUUUUAAACGUAUUCCAGCGGCUUAAAUUUAUUUUCUUCAUCUGCUUUUUUCGCUUUUUGCUGUUACGCUUGUAUUAUUUUCUCUGCUUCGUCUUUCCUUUACUGUUAUUCUUUUUUUAAAAUUUUCUGUAUGUUUUGAUUUGGUGUGAUUUUUUUUAGUCAUAUUUUUUUCUUAUAUUUGAUCCUCUCCCUCUUUACUUCCAUUUUUUUUCUUUAAUUUCCUUUCUUCUUUACUAAUUUUACUUUCAUCAUAGUUUGAGUAAGUUUGUUUAUCUAUUACAGGUUAAGUUUGUUAUUAGAUUGCAUUCCUUUUUUUUCUUUUAUCAUAAGUCUAUUUUUUCCCCUGGGUGUGAAUGAGUUAACCUGUUCGCCGAAUCAGAAAGUAUUGAUGAGAUUGUUUUGAUUAUUUGCAUUUUCGUUCGCUAGUAAUAAUGUCUGUAAUUUUUUCCCCCUCUUUGGUAUCAGCUUCAUUCAUUUUCAUCGUUUUUCGUUUCAUUAUAAUUUCGAUUCACUUUUUGUCCAUCUCUUUGGUAUCAUUUUCGUUCGCUAGUAAUAAUGUCUGUAAUUUUUCCCCUCUCUUUGGUAUCAUUUUUAAUCAUUUUCAUCGUUUUUCGUUUCAUUAUAAAUUUGAUUCACUUUUUGUCCAUCUCUUUGGUAUCAUUUUGUCAGUUUCAUUUCGCGCUUCGUUGCAUUAUAAUCCCGAAUCUUUUUUCACUCGUUUUUAUCUUCUUUGUACCAACACUUUGUCACAUUUACUGUCUUUGCUUCAAUGUAAUUUCGAUUCAUUUUUAUUUAUUUAUUACUCGUAUUUUAUUUGCCUCAUUCAUGCCUAAGUCUUUGUCGCAUUUUUUGUUUUUUCUGUUGCUUUGUAAUUCCAAUCCUCUUAUUUUUUUUAUUUGCAUCACUGUUUUUGGCGUCACUUUUGUCUUUUAUUGCACUAUUUUUUUAAUCUUAUUUAUUUUUCUAUUUAUUUGUUUUGUUUCCAUCACCCGCGUCCGCCUCUUUGCAUCACUUUGUCGAUUUUACCGUCCUUCAUUUCAAUAUAUAUUCGAAUUUUGUGUAUUCAUUUAUAUAACGUUUUAUUUCCAUCACUCGUGUCUACCUCUUUGGCAUUACUCACUUUCGAAAUAUCAAUCCGAUCCUCUUGUAUUUAUUUAUUCUUUUAUUUCCAUUUCUAUUUCCAUCACUAUCGCUUUUAGUAUAUUUCGUGUCAAUACACCUCCAAUUCUAGUGUAGUCUUAUAUUUAUCUUUAUGUCUUCAUCACUUGUUUCUACCUCUCUCUUUUGUUUCAGUAUAACCUCGAUUAUUGCGUAUUUCUUUACUAUUCUAUUCCCAUCACUUUGUCGCUUUUACCUUGAUUCAUGUGUGUGUUUAUUCAUCGUUUUAUUUCCCAUACUCUCGUCUACCUCUUUGGCGUCGCUUUCAGUCCUAUCCAUUGGCAAUUCCGUGUGUACAGCGGCUCUUGUGAAUAUUCUAGUUUUAACUACGGCGAACACGACUUUUCUGCUUCACACCACGGCUCCCUCUCCGCCUGACCUGUCCAUGUAUUCAUAUUUACUGCGCUGGGGUCGCGUUCUUUUAAUCGCUCUGCUUGUUUGGGAUUUUUCUGAUUCUGUUAACUUUUCCUCUUGUAUGUAUUCCUGUUACUUUUGUAUACUUUUGAUAUAUUAUUAUUUUACUAUCAAAAGUUUGUGGUUAUAUAUAUUUUUUGUCCUUUUCUUAUUUUUCUAUUUUUUAUAUAUUAUUGACAGACGCUCUUAUGUAAUAUCAUCAAUGUGUUUGUUUGUCAAUUAAUUUGUUUUAUAGUCAGUUCGAAUUUUUUAAUUUUACCUUCGAAUAUGGUUUUCUACUAGACUUCAGCCCUUGCGGUAUUUCCUCUAUUUUUCUUUUUCGAUUUGCUUAUUUUUAUUUCCUACAAGUAAAGAAUUCUCCAGUAUUUUCAUUUAAUCUUUUAUUUUCAACUAAAGCUUAAACAAUCCUGGAAUUAUCUACUUUAAUUCUACUUGACUAUAUUUCAACUUCAAAUCCUCUUUGGUAGUCUUACUUUUUUUACCUAUUUUCCUCUUGUUCACUUAUUUUUCAUUCCAUAUUUGUUCGGUCGUCGGCAGGGAGGGGCAUUCACGGUGACUCCCUUCCAUACACGAAUAUUCCACUAUUGGUCCAUACCUCAUGACUGCUUUGUAAAUACCGAGGUUUGGUUAUUUUCUAUUCUCCGUUUUUUAUCCUGUG